UCUUUGCUGCAGGUUGCAUGAUGUUAUGUUCAAUUGAAAAGUUGCGUCAUUAAGCUACACUCCUCCUGCAAUCCUAACCGUUCAAUCCAUUUCAGCAAACUAUUCCCCAAUGCAAGCUUCAAACAAUCGCAACCGUUCAGAUGGGUCGCAGGGACUAUAUUAUCAAGUACUCCAAGAAGUAGAGUCCUAUUCCUCUCAGCACAAUUUCCAACCGUUGGAUUGCCUCGAUGAAGAAUCCAAACAUGAAAAUUUCCCUAUCCAAGCUUCACAUGGGCCCACCUACUCCACUCUCGAGUCAUCAUCAGCAGCAGCGAUCACUACCUAUGCCAUCGAUAAUUUUAAUAACAGUUUCUCAACAAACGAGAGCCCUUUAUCACAAUGGGACCCACACCAUUCCCCCGACCACACGUACGAAUCGCCAAUAUAUGGAUCGUCCAUGACUUAUGAUGCAAACGAACUGAAACAAAAGCUACAAGAACUCGAAAUCGCUAUGCUGGGCCCCGACUCAGAUAUCAUCCAUGAAACCUGCGAUGAUUUCGAUGCCUCGUCUGAUCUUGAGAGAUGGAAACUGGUGGUGGAGAUUCCGAAAGGGGAUUUGAAAAGUGCAUUGAUUGCUUGCGCACGUGCGAUCGAGGACGGAGAUCUGCUUAUGGUGGAAUGGCUAGUAACUGAACUGAAACAGAUGGUGUCAGUUUCCGGCGACCCGAUUCAACGUCUGGGAGCAUAUAUGAUGGAAGGUCUGAUAGCAAAGCUCGCCUCAUCUGGCAGUUCUAUCUACAAAUCCCUACAUUGCAAAGAACCGGCUGGCGCCGAUUUCCUCUCGUACAUGCACAUCCUCUAUGAGAUCUGUCCUUAUUUCAAAUUCGGUUACAUGUCAGCUAACGGAGCGAUCGUGGAAGCCGUGAAGGGCGAAGAUCGAGUCCACAUUAUCGAUUUCCAGAUAGCUCAAGGCAGUCAAUGGAUUACUCUUUUACAAGCCCUUUCAGCUCGACCCGGCGGGCCUCCGUACGUCCGUAUAACCGGCGUUGAUGAUUCUAUAUCGGAAUAUGCUCGUGGCGGUGGGUUGAAGCUGGUAGGGAGACGGUUGUCGAUGCUUGCGGAAUCUUUGAAUGUGCCGUUUGAAUUUCAUGCUGCAGCUAGAUCUGGUUGUGAAGUUGAGUCCGAGCAUCUCGUGAUUAGGCCCGGUGAGGCUCUUGCGGUGAAUUUCGCAUUUCAGCUACAUCAUAUGCCGGAUGAGAGUGUGAGUACUAGCAAUCAUCGAGAUCGGAUUUUGAGAUUGGUGAAGAGCUUAUCGCCGAAGGUUGUGACGUUGGUCGAGCAGGAAUGUAAUACUAAUACGGCUUCAUUUGUUGUGAGAUUCAUUGAGACGUUUGAUCAUUACAAGGCUGUUUUUGAGUCUUUGGAUUUUGCACUUCCAAGGGAUAGUAAGGAGAGGAUUGGUGUUGAGCAGCAUUGUUUGGCACGUGAUGUUGUGAAUGUGAUUGCUUGUGAAGGGGUUGAGAGGAUUGAAAGGCAUGAGGUGUUUGGGAAAUGGAAGGCGAGGUUUAUGAUGGCUGGUUUUAGGCAGUGUCCAUUGAGUUCGGUGGUGAAUGCUACUAUCAAGACGCUGUUGGAGAGUUAUUGUGAGAAUUAUCGGCUUGAGGAGAGAGAUGGGGUUUUGUUUCUUGGGUGGAUGGAUCGAGCACUGGUUGUGUCGUGUGCGUGGAGGUGAUCGAGUGGUGAUUGGAUGACUGACAACAUGAUAAGGUAAUCUUGUAAUUCUUUGUUUGUUAUUUUAGAAGAAUGGGUAGUACUUUUAGUGUAGAAAUAGCGAUCUUGAAAAUAA